AGCCGCCUUCAGUGUUUGUCUCUGUCUCUGCCCCGCUCGGACCCGCAGCCAGCCGGACAUGGAGAGGAGGGAUGAGUGCGUGUUGACGGCUCGGUGACCACCGCCGGUCCUCCCCCGGGCUCUCCCCCCGGCUCUCCCCCCGGCUCUCCCCGCGCGCUGGCCGGACACGAUGCGCCUGUGCGCCGCGGCGCUCCUCCUGUGCGCAGCGGCCGCUCCGCUGCUGCUGGACGGCAGGACGUGUCAGAUAUCAGGUGGAAUUAAUGUGCCUAAUUCGUCAUUUGUGUCCUUUCUGCUUCAGAUGGCGAGUCCCCAUGGUUACGCUGUGGGACAGUGUCCCGUCAACUUGACCUCGGUGCAGUCGGGUGACUCCAGGGGGGUUUACACAGUCACGGUCCGUGUUUGGAUGAACGCUGACGACUUGAGCAACUUUCCCAAAAUUGAAAUCCAAAGAGAGACCAUCAAACCAACCCUGAAGAAAAAAAAAUGUCGGAGAAAUGACAGAAGGUCACGAGAAACGCCAGUCUGCUGUCAUGGGAAAGUCAAAGAGAACGAUUUAGGGCUGUGGGAGCUGAAAGAUGAAAUAGAUGAAGUUAAAGCAGGAAGGACGCUUUCUGUGAGGUACAGUGCAAGAUCAAUAAACUGCACCGUCUCUCACACUGUGCCAGACUUCAUUCCUGACUUUGAAGUCUCUGUGAAUCGCUCGUCCAAGACCAUCAACGUCACUGUGGAGUCUAGAGAAAAAGUCUCCGUCAGAUGGUGCUAUAAAAGUAAAUGGAACUGUGGCGGGUCGUCUUCACCACCAAAAACUGUUGUUCCACUGGAGUCUCCGUCCGUUCUCCUCUCCUUCCCCUACCUGCUGUCCUGCGUCUGUGCACAGGUAUUUUACACCACUCCGGAUUCAAAGAGAGCUGAAAAGUGCCCUUUUGAAAAGGAUAAUGUCAUGGAUGUUGGGGAUGUUUGGCUGACCUCCGAGAUCACACAGUAUCACAAUCGACUGGAGUGGGACUUUCCUUGUCUCACCCCACACCUGAACAUCUCUGCCUCCCUCUGCUGGAGGCAGCAGGGACGGUGCACUCCUGCACACAACUCCACCCUGCAGAAGAGCUACGGGCCACCGCUGAAUUUCAAGACAGACUCGGUGGACAGACAUCCUCAGAUGUGUGUGCAGUUUUCUCUACAAAAAAGUCACAACAUCUAUUGUCCCUUUGAGAACGACAGGCCGACCUGGGAGGCGACGCUUGGCCCAGGGAGAAGGAGCAUCCUGGUGUCUGUGACCUCCUCUGCCCCGGCGGAGUUCUCAGCUCAGCUCUGUGUCCUCUCUGAGGGAGGAUGCUCUCCCACUGGGCCAACGCAGUCGCUGAGAAUGCAAAGGAAUUCUACUGAGAUUAAGAUAAAUGUGCCCUUCCUCAUUUCUGCAGAGCAGCUAUGUGUGCAGGUGUGGCAGUCACAUCCUGCUCUUCAGGGAACUCGAAUUCUUUGUCCGGACCACGCGCACAACAGGAGAGGCAUGUAUGCAGUGGCCGUUUUGGUAUUCGCGGUUGGCGUGGCGUUACUGGGAAUAUUCAUCCGAAGUGUUGUCAAGAGCGAAGCUGCAGGUUGGCUGCGCUUCCAGAGGCCGCUGUUGCUGGUCAGUUCGUCAGACCAGUCAGCCCACGUGUCCGCUGUGUGCGCGUUGGCCUUAAUCCUCCAGGAGGAGCUGGGCGCCACCGUGCACACCUCCCUGUGGGCCCAGAGCUCCCAAACGCAUUCAGGCGCCGGCGUUCUGGAUCUGGGUCCGCUCCCCUGGCUGUACGGGCAGUGGGAAGCUGUUUCCAGGGAACAGGGGAAAGUGAUGAUCAUUUGGAGUCCCGAGGCUAAAAACACCUUUGAGAAAUGGAGGGAGGAGAGAGCCAGUGCGGAUAAGGAUGAGAAGAAAAUGGGAAAUCAGAGGAAAGCCGGUGAGGGACUUGAGAAGGCUGGAGUGGUGGGGAGGGGGGAUUUCAAGCCAAGCAGGAAAAUACUGGGGAAAUGCAAAAACGAGAAAACUGAGUGGUGGCAGCAGAAAGAGCCGUCCGCAGUGAUAGAGCCGGUGUUCAUGGCGUCCCUGGCCUGCCUGGACGGGGCGCUGCGGAUGUGUAAGAGUCAGAGGGUUUCCAUCGUCUAUUUCCAGGGCCUCGGCCACAGCCGGGAUAUCCCGAAAGCCCUCAGAGGCGUCCCUCGCUACUGCCUGCCGCAGGAUUUCAGGGGACUGAUACAGGAGCUGGGCGGAGUGAAAACACAGACCAAAGCCAGCAAAUUGGGAGGGCACUGCUGGCCCAGACUUCUGUCGAAAGUGCUGUCGAUCUAUCUGGCGCGGCAGCUGGCCCGGAGGCUCCGGACCGUCCUGCCUUGGACUCGAGGCCCCAGUGUCUCAUCAUCAGUGAAAACGGCAUCAGAUAAGACCGCAGCCAGGCUCAGGUUGCCGCUGGCGGCCAAGCCGGAGACUGCGCCGGAGCAGGAGCCUCUCCACGGGUCACCAGAGGAGCUUUAAACCCAAGUUUCACAUUACAGACUUUUGUUCUGCGGCAAACAUGAUCCGGGAGACAUGGGAGCUGAUGUUCCACUGCGAGCGCCGCCCGGGCCGACGCUCGCCGAGCCGAAACUACUCACCGUGUCCAAAACACAACCACCUGCUUUGCAUAUUAAGGAGACAUAAAGACUUUUUGUAAGUUGGGAACACCUGCCUUUUUCACUGCAAAUAUGUUAACCACUAUGAAAAUGUUUUUGCAAAUUGGGCCUCAAGCUUACAUGGAGACCGUCCAUGUUGGAAGGUGUUGACACUGUGCAGAUGUCAAACUGUGGAAUGCUCAUUUGCAUUUUUUUUUUUUUUUUAAAUGUGCACAAAGCCAGCAUUUUUAUGGGAUUAUUCAUACACCCUGGAUGCAAAUUCUGUGUUUGAACGAAAUUGAAUAUGUGGAUGACAGCUGUCAUUUACUUGUUUCUCAUGUUAGAAGCAGAACAGUUGCCUUCGGAAGACUAAUGUAUCAUGAUAGGUUAGUUAAUCUACAGUAUGGUUACUGAACAUAUUUCAUCCAGACUACCUCUUAUAUUAAAAAGAUCUUUUUUUCUCUCUCUUUUUAGUAUGCAGCACGUCUGUAAAUGUUAUUGUUGUGAAUUAUUAACAGAAUUGUAUUUGCAAACAGCUGUCAGUGUUGAGAUGUUGCUAAGGACUAAAAACUGUGAAAACAAGAGUCAGUAUUAUUUGCAAGUCUUUACAGUGUUUGUACUUUCCAAUACGUUACAAAUUCAGAGCAUUAGAAGAAAAGAAAGAAUGGGGAACUUUGACACGUCUUUUUUCACUGCUUUUUUUCAUUAAAUUCACUGGUGAGAAAAAUUGAAAAUUCAUCCAUAUAAAAUAAAACAUGUUCAGCUUA